AACUCACCCCGGGGCAGUACCAGAUCAUUGCCACAUCUCAACUCUCAAGCCCUGUUUGCUGGCUGAAUUCUCGUCUUCUGGUUCAAGACAUCGACAUCUCCACAUACGGCUUUGGCGGCAUGUCAAGCAAGGUCCUCAUAUUCACCGGCGCACCCGAGAGUAACGUCCUUGACUGGAGCUCAAGCGGGUUGCUCUCCGAAUUUCAAGACGCUAUCGCCUGGUUCGCCCGCAUAAACACAACCACACCACUGCGUUUGGCGGCUUCUUCAACGCCAGAAUAUGCCGUAUGGAGAUCACUUUCCCUCGACAAGGCGUAUCUUCCGACAGGCUUCUCCCAGCAGCAUGCGAUUCCCUUUGGAGACACCGCUAGGGACUCCGUCUUCGGGCCUAGUCCGGAGUUUCUCACCCCUACGUCUCUGACCUUCACCUUGACCGGCGAGGACGGUGACCGCACCCUGAGUCAAUUCUACGAGCAUUCCAUGAUCGCUCACCAGGGAAUUUCCUCAUCCCAACUGAUCUCCCAGUCGAGCGAACAGGCAGCGUCGUUUCUCAGCGACGGCACUACCUCCUGGAGUGGAGAUGGCACGCAAGAGGGACCUGUCAAGGAGCCAUUGGUAUUCCGGGGGAGCGACCUUCUCAGUGAUCUCAGGAACAUUCCCUCGGCUUCGUAUCUUGUCAAGAUCCAACCGCAGACCAUGACCUCCAACCUGAUUGUAGGUAUCAUCUCCAUCUCACGGCCCCGGGCGGUGAAGACCCGCUGGGGUGCCACGAAACACCUAGUUGAGGUGCUCGUUGGGGAUGAGACGAAGGCCGGUUUCGCUAUAACCUACUGGCUCCCAUCCGACAGCGUCGCCAACAGUGCUCUUGCAGGAUUGCGGCCACGGGACAUCGUCCUGAUGCAGAAUGUGGCCUUGAAUGUCUUCGCCAACAAGGUGUAUGGCUGCAGCCUGUCAAGAAACCUGACAAAGGUACACUUGCUCUACCGACUGAGACUGGAUUCUCAAGACGUCCAAGGAUAUUAUAGCACAUCCGACUUGUCAUCUACAGGGAGCGUCCACCCACAGCUGGAGAAGACCCGUCGAGUGCGAGAUUGGGUCGUGGACUUCGUUGGACGCGGGAGCCAGGACAGGAAUAAUACGAGAACGAGACAUCGCUGGGACAGGCCCCCGCUAGACGACACGCAAGUGACAUGAAUGCAACUCCUUCCGUUGUAAGUUCUGCCCUUCAGGUCGUUCGGCAUUUUCCGGUGCCCGCCCCACUCAUUCCGGAGGGGUGCUUCUCCUCGUGCCGACCCCUGGCCCGCCCUUGGCAACGCAAAUCGAUCAAACCUCAGCGUGGCUGUGGCAGCAGAGACGCGUAGUCACAGCAAUUGUGCCUCCAUAUAGACG